UUGGUGCCUUCAUCACGCCAAGGUACUUUAGACCAAACUAGCUUCAGCACAGACCAAGGGAGCUUCAUACAUGAAGCCUCUGUGGUGAGUUACUUGGUUCUGCUGUUAUUCAUCCCCCUACAGUAUGAUGACCAGUCUGAUUGACUUCCUGCAGUUCUUGACCUGAUCCUGGUGGACUGGUGGAGGAUGAAACAGAUCAAAUGGCUGUUUAAAUACUCAUUGAAACUUUGAGCCAAACAACUUGGGAGCUGGUGACUGGAUAGAGGAGGUGACCACGAACAGUCAUGGGAUGUGGUGUCACAAAGUCCAACCAGUUCCACAAAAACUCUGGAAAAGCUGUCACAACUAUAAAAGCCGCCGUCCUCAUUCAGCGAUGGUAUCGUCAGUAUGUCGCCCGCACAGAGAUGAGACGGAAAUACACCUGGCACAUCUUUCAGUCCAUCGAAUACUCAGGAGAACAGGCUCAGAUAAAGCUUUAUAACUUCCUUGGCUACCUCAUGGACAAUUUCACACCUACAAGCAAUGAACGGAAUUUGAUCUCGCACAUCUUCAGAGAUAACGAAUUCUGUCGGGACACAGAGUGGGAGAGGUUAUUCUGCUACAAGAAAAUAGAAGUGCCAGAGAUUUACUCAGGACCUCACCUCACCUUCCCUCUGACGGUAGAGCAGGCGGUCAGGCUGGUGGAGGCCUUUAGGAACAAGAAACAGCUGCACUCGCGCUACGUCCUCCAGCUGCUGCUUGAGACGCUGAAACUGAUCCGGAUGUUACCCAACAUCAACCGCAUCUCUACCUGCCAAAGCAAAGAAAUCACUAUUUGUGGUGACUUGCACGGACAACUAGAAGACCUGCUGCUGAUUUUCUACAAGAAUGACAUGCCGUCCAUGGAGAAGCCCUAUGUGUUUAACGGAGACUUUGUAGACCGAGGCAACGACUCCAUCGAGAUCCUCCUCAUCUUGUUUUCAUUCCUGCUCGUCUAUCCGAGCGAAGUCCACCUCAACAGAGGAAAUCACGAGGACCACAUAGUCAACCUGAGGUACGGCUUCACAAAGGAGGUGCUGACUAAAUACAAGAUGCAUGGCAAACGGAUCCUGAAGCUGCUGCAGGAGAUUUUCAGCUGGUUGCCGUUAGCGACGGUGAUCGACCAGAAGGUGCUUGUAAUCCACGGAGGGAUCUCCGACACCACAGACCUCAGUGUCCUCGCCCGAGUGGACAGACAUAGUUACGUCUCAGCGCUGAGGCCUCCGAAGAAGAGAAACCAGAACUCAGCGGCAUCGUCCAUCGACAUAGAUACGGAGGAGGUCUUGUCCCACAACAAGCUCACCCAGCGUCGGACCUCUCUCACGUAUCCCAAACCCAUUGCCCGCGACGUCUUCCCGAACCGCUCGCUGCAGGACUUCUCCGGACUGAUCAAAGUUAACACGGUGGAGGAUGUGGAGAUCCACAGGAAGAGACCGUCCAUUUCCAUCCAGGGAAUAAACAGACCAGAAAAUGAGACGACUCAGGCUGCGUCCUCUGAGUCUGUCAACAGUGAAAAUGGCAACGACGAGUGGAAGCAGAUCCUGGACCUGCUGUGGAGCGACCCGAUGAACCAGGACGGCUGCGUACCCAACGAGGUGCGGGGUGGAGGCUGCUACUGGGGCCCCGACGUCACAGAGGACUUCCUGAAUAGACACAACCUGCAACUAAUCAUCCGCUCCCACGAGUGUAAACAGGACGGUUACGAGUUCUGCCACAACCGAAAGGUCCUCACUCUGUUCUCCGCCUCCAAUUACUACGACGUGGGAAGCAACAGAGGGGCCUACGUGAAGUUGGGUCCAGACCUUGUGCCUUAUUUAAUUCAGUACCAGGCCAGCAGCAUGAUCCGAGAGCUUACCGUGAGACAAAGUGUCGGACGAACCGAGCACUCAGCCCUUAAAGUCCUGCGGGAGCAGCUGUUUGCGCACAAAUCUGACCUCCUCUGUGCCUUCAAAAUGGUCGACAGCAAGAACACAGGUCAUGUGAGUGUACACGACUGGGCCUGUGCAGUGGAGAGUGUGUUGCACCUCGGUCUGCCCUGGAGAAUGCUAAGCUAUCAGCUGGUCACCAGUAAGACCAGUGAUGGCAUGAUCGACUACCACGAGUGGUUCAACGAUCUCGCCAUCAAAGGAACCAACACAGAUCACAUAGACCAAAGUCUACUUGAGACUUUGUAUCGCCACCGCUCCACCUUGGAGACCAUCUUCAGAAUCGUAGACACCGACAACUCAGGCUUCAUCACCAUGGAGGACUUCCGGCAGACCUGGAAGCUGCUGAGCGUCUACCUAAAGAUGGAGAUCACGGAUGACGCAAUCUCUGACCUGGCCGUCACCAUCGACCGCAACCAGGACGGCAGCAUCGACAUCGACGAGUUCAUGGAGGCCUUCCGCCUCACGGACAAGAAGAGCCGGCUGGAGCGAGGACGCAGCAUGUUCAUGGGGACGGCCACUGACCUCACCAAGCUGGAGGGAGACCUCAACAUAUGAGCAGAGAGAGAGAGAGAGAGAGAGAGAGAGAGACUGAAAACAGAGAGCAACCUUAGCUCAGACCUCACCAGACAGGCAAGAGGAUGGGAGGAAGAGGAGAUAAAGCCAACACAAGCUGCUUUAGUGACGCACAUUGAGACGUAGGAUGCUGCUGAGCAACAGCUGUGUAAUUCACAUGGGAUUAGAGUGAGGAUAGAGUUCAGGGUAUUUGCCAGUGAAUAUUCAUUUCACAUUUUGAUGCAGUUUUAUCGUGUGUGUGUGUGUGUGUGUGUGUCAUUUUGUCUCUUUUAUUAAUAUAUAAGACAGAAUCGUCAAAAACUGUUGCAAAGGCAAAAUCCACAAACAGAAACAAAAAGGCAUCAUAUUUAGGCUGCAUGAUUUUUAAAGGUAAGAUAUCCUGUGCUUUCCUCAACAAUUGUAGAGUAGUGUUACUAUAGACUAAUACAAAAUUAAUGCUUUUCCACACUUAGACCCACUAGAAGUGUGUAGUGGCAUCUGAAUUUGCAGAGACCCUUCCCUCUGCCUGUGUUCUCUCUUUUUUUUUCUUUUUGAGAGUUGGAAAAAGAGUUUUGAAAACCCAUGGCACUUCUGGGUGUCAACAAAGAGCCUUUGGGCCCCACGUUGUUGUGUAACCCCCAGCCAAUAACAAAUUCUCAUCUCGGCAUCUCAUACCGACCAAACCGAGGCACAAGUCUAACUGACACGGACACCACUGACUCCAGAUGUUUUGAAAUGGACGUUUCGGUUGAUCGAUUUUCAUUACGUCAUUUCCCAUAUACGUAUAUCAAUAGGUUCAGUACAAAGACAAUAAAUAUUUUUUUUUAACCUUUAACAUUUAUUGAGGGAGAGUUCACUGAGAGGCAGCCUCUCUUUUGCAGGAACACCCUGAUCACACAGUUACACAUUUGUACAACCACAGUCUGAUCUGCUGGCCAUUGAGCAGCUCUACUGGAGCAGUUGGAGGUUAAGGGCCUUGCUCAAGGGCACCUUAGUGGUGGUAACGAGGGGAGGGAUGAGCACUGCACUUUCACUACCCAGAUUUUAUCCUGUCGGUCUGGGGAUUGAACCGACAACCUCCCGGUCACAAGCUCGCGUCUCUAACCUUUAGGCCACCACUGCCAAAUAAUACAUUGUAUUAAUCAACCAAUGUCUCAAAAAUAUCCAAAAGCAGUUGUAAGUUACAUGAAAAAAAAAACAUUAAAAUAUUGCACCAGGAAAUCUCCAGUCAUAUUAGGGCUGCAACUAACAGUUAUGUCAUAAAAGAUUAAUCUGCUAAUUAUUUUUUCAAUUAACUGUUUGGUCUAUACAAUAUUACAACACUAUUACAAUUUUCUAGAUCAAAAGGUGAUGUCAUGAAUUGUUGAUUUUGUCUGACUGAAAAACAAAAAAUGUUCAAUAUACUAAAUGUUAGGACAAGAGAAAAGAGCAAAUAUUAAUAAUUGACAAAUUUAAACAAGAGAAUGUUUGGAUAUUCUACUAAAAUUUGACUUAUAUUUAGUUUACAAUGAUAAAAGAAAAAUCAGACAAAAGCAGCAAAUCCUCACAUUUCGAUAGCAGUAAACUAAGAAUGUUCUCUCUACAAUUGUUUCAGUGUGCAGGUGUUCCUCUUUUCAUUUUCCAAUUUCCAAUAGCCUUGCAUCUACAUGUGAUGUGCGAAUAACUAUACUCCUCUUAAAGAUUUUAGAGAUCGCAGAAACUAAACAAAAAAAAUAUGAUAAGACUAUGAAUAUUUGUGCAAUUCUACAUCAGUUGCACUAAUUAAUUGUAACUUUAAAUGUUGCUGGUGCCUUAGCAGUAGAAGUGUUUUAACUUCUAGGGAUGAAGUUACUGUAAGUGUGCACUGAUGAUGUUUUUGUGUCAGUGCCAACUGCCAACGAUGUCCUGGGGUCCCUCCUCGUCUCAGGUGGGAUUCAAACACUUCCUUUGUCCAGAACGGAGAACUCAUGCUUUUAUUCAUUUUAUUUUUAGGAUGUAUUUCUACCUCCAAAUUGUUGCUUUGAAGCCCAGAACAAUUUAUGUUUUAAAGUGAUAGUUUGAUAUUUUGGGAAAUACGUUUAUUCAUUUUCUAGUUAGCUGAGAGGAUCAUUACCACUCUCAUGUCUGUCUGUUCAAUAUGACGCUGGAGACAGGAGACACUUAGCUUAGUUUAGUAUUAAGACUGGAAACAGCUAGCCUGGUUCUGACCAAUGUUAACUAAAUCCAAAUACCAGAACCACUAAAGCUCAACAAUUAACACAUUUUACCUAACUUGACUUUUGUUUAAAUCAUACAAAAUCUGUGAUUUUACAGAUGGUGGUAGACAGAUUUCUUUUCACUUUGGACAGAGCCAGGCUAGCUGUUUCCUUCUGUUUCCAGUCUUUAUGCUAAGCUAAGCUAACCGGCUGCUGGCUGUAACAUCAUAUUCAAUCUGUUAUAAAAUGUAACAUCAUAUUCAAUCUGUUAUCAGUCUUCUUAUCUAAUAACUAUCAGCAAGAACGCAAAUAUUAACCAAAACUUGUAACUAUUUCUUUAAGAUAUGUAGACAACAUGGUGUUUUAGUUCUUUUUUUGUUAAAUCUUUUGUUUUCAUUGUUAAAUAAAGUUUGCACAUUGUUUCAUAUUAUAAGUCAGCCAAAAGAGACAUGAGGAAAUCUUUGUGCAUUUGAGUAAAAUUGUUGUUUUUUUGCAUGAUGACCAUGUAUAACGUUUACUGUAAAUAUAUCUCACAGUCACAUUUGUAGCAUUUA